AGUCUGCCUCGGGUUUUCUACCAGUGCUGGUGUGUGGAGAGAGAGAGCUUCAGCUCCGUUUUCGUAAAGAAACAAUUCUGUGUUUAUUUCUUACUAUAAGCCAGAAAAGUUUUAACUGUUCGCCAUGGAUCUGUACGACCCAGAUGUGAAAAUUAGCAGGACGGUGAGAUCGUACCACGUCUACCGAGGAACUUCCCCCGGCACACAGAGCCGUUUGGAGUCACGAAUCCGAGAGCUAGAAGAUGCUUUGGACGCAGAGAGAGAUGGCCGUGUGCGGGCUGAAAGGAUCAAUGCCGAGCUCCAAUUCCAGCUGGAUAAUCUGUCCGACAGGAUGGAUGAGAUCACUGGCAGCUCAACGGCUGUGCAAGAGAUUAGCAAGAAACGUGAAUAUGAAGUAAACAAACUUCGCAAAGAUCUUGAACUCGCCAACGCACAGUUUGAGAGCUCCGAACACAGCCUGAGGAAGAGACACACUGAAACCGUCAACGAUCUCUCUGAACAACUAGAAUACGUAAAUAAGGCCAAAAAUAGGGUAGAAAAAGAAAAAAGCCAACUUCUUAUUGAAAUCGACGGACUUCAAGGACAGGUUGACUCCUUUGCAAAAGCCAAGGCCUCCGCCGAGAGCAGAGCUGAUGGUCUUGAUGAACAAGUUAAGAGACUUAAGGCCCAACUGGAUGAUCUCAGCCGCCAGGUUAAUGAUCUGAAUGGUUUGAAAGCUCGUCUGACUCAGGAGAACUUCGACCUGCAACAUCAAGUGCAGGAACUGGACAGUGCCAACGCCGGUCUGGCCAAGGCUAAAGCCCAACUCCAGGGUCAAAACGACGACCUCAAACGUUCUCUGGAUGACGAGACAAGGCAAAGGACCAACCUCCAGGUGCAGCUCAGUGCUCUCCAGGCUGACUACGAUAACUUGAAUGCUCGCUUCGAGGAGGAGUCCGAGGCCGCGUCCGUCUUGCGUCAACAAUUGAGCAAAUCCACCACAGAAUACCAGUCACUCAAAGCCCGCUUCGACAAGGAAGUGAUCCAUCUGACCGAGGAGCUCGAGGAUACAAGACGCAAAUUCGCUUCCCGAUGUGCUGAAUUGGAAGAUCAGCUCGAGCAGAGCCGCGCCAAGAUCAGCAAUCUGGAGAGGACGAAGAAUAAGCUGACAGCUGAAAUCAAGGAACUCACCAUUGAGCUGGAGAAUACCCAGAUCAUCGUCCAGGAUUUGACCAAGAGGAACCGACAGUUGGAGAACGAGAACGCCGGCCUACAGAAGCGUGUGGACGAACUGCUGGCCGAGAAUGCCGCUCUGAAUGCGGACAAGAAGAAUCUGGAACAGGAAGUGUACAGGCUGAGGGUACUCAACACCGAGCUCAGCGAGAAGAACGAUGCCCUCAACAGAGAAAACAACCAACUUUCGAAUGCUCUUCGCGAAGCCAAGGAACAAAUCAAGGACCUCAGCAGACAGGUCAACGAGCUGUCCGCCAUCCGCGCCCAGCUGGAGGCCGAGCGUGACAACUUGGCCGCUGCACUCAGAGACACCGAGGAUGCUCUGAAGGACUGUGAGAACAAGCUGGCCGCCGCUAACCAGGCUCUUAACCAACUGCGCAUUGACAUGGAGAACAGACUCCGUGAAAAAGACGAGGAACUGGACAACCUCAGGAAGAGCAGCCAGCGUGCCAUUGAAGAACUGCAGCGCACACUGAUUGAAGUUGAGACAAGAUACAAGACUGAGAUCAGCCGUCUGAAGAAGAAAUACGAGACCGACAUCAGGGAGUUGGAAGGUGCUCUGGAGAAUGCCAACAGAGCCAAUGCUGAAUACUCCAAACAGAUUAAGGUCCUCCAGGCCCGCGUUAAGGAACUCGAAUCUGCUCUCGAUGACGAAAGACGCCAGGCCGAAGAUGCCCGCCAACAGCUCGCUGCUUCUGAGAGGAAGCGUAUUGCUCUUCAGACCGAACUGGAAGAUGUCCGCACACUCCUCGACAACGCUGAGAGAGCCCGUAAGGCAGCUGAGAACGAGCUUGGAGAGACGUCAGCCCGUCUGAGCGAAUGCCAACUCCAGCUCACAACCGUCACCAACGACAAACGCCGAUUGGAAACCGAUAUCGCCGCUAUGCAAUCCGACUUGGACGAGGCUCUGAAUGGACAAAGAGCGGCCGAGGACCGCGCCGAUCGUCUCCAGGCCGAGGUGAACCGCCUUGCUGACGAGCUGCGCCAGGAACAGGAGAACUACAAGAAUGCAGAGAGUCUCCGCAAGCAACUCGAAAUCGAAAUCAGAGAAAUCACCAUCAAGCUCGAGGAGGCCGAAGCCUUCGCCCAGAGAGAAGGAAAGAGGAUGGUUGCCAAACUGCAGGCCAGAUUGCGCGACCUGGAAGCCGAGCUGGAAGCCGAACAGCGCCGCCACAGAGACAGCCUGGCUACUCUGCGUAAGAUUGAGCGUCAGUACAAAGAACUUAUCUUCCAGACCGAGGACGACAGACGAUCAGUUGUUGAACUCCAAAGCGUCAACGAUCAACUUAACCUUAAGAUCAAGGCCUACAAACGCCAGAUCGAAGAGGCUGAGGAGGUUGCCAACAUCACCAUGAACAAAUAUAGAAAAGCCCAGGCUCUGAUUGAUGAGGCUGAGCACAGGGCGGACGCCGCUGAAAAGAAUCUUUCUGCAGUGCGCAGAUCUCGCUCCAUGUCUGUGUCCAGAGAAGUUCGAAUCAUCAAGGCAUAAGCAGGGUAAAUCGCCGCUACACCGCCCCUUUUACUUUGUGUAAUGUGAACAAAAGCCGGCAUCUUUCGAGAGACAAUGACCUGAAUUCGUGAUAUUGUAUAAAACAUUUAUUUGUUUAAUUGUGCUCCAUUUCUCUGCUGCUCCUUUGAACAAAAACCAAAAUACCGAACACACAUAUACACACCACAGACAAUUGCUGCAUGUGUAAAGAGAUGAUUCCACGAAGCAGUUUGCGCGGGCACUAGACCAAACUUCACUUGCGGUCAGCAGUUCUUCUGCUCAAUGAGACCAGAGUGUCCCUUGUCUGGAGUACCGAGAACAGCGGGUGCUCAUUGUUCCACUUCCCGAUGCCUGUGUAGACGGGCUUGCCGCUCUAUCGCAGCGUCGUCAGUGACAAUAGCAAUGGCUCAUUACGCAUGCAACAAGACGGAACACUGCCAAGCCUGGAAAACCUGCACAUAGAGUAUGAACAUUGUGGCUGGUCCGUGAUAAAAAUAAAAUGUAGUGUUUAGAGCUUCCCAGAGCAUUCGAAUGCCAAUGUGGAUGGAUAUUUUGCGCAAAUUACGAUCGUUGUUUUAUUGUAAGGGAUCUAUUUAUUUAAUAAUUCACUUUUUUACAAGUGCAUUCGUAAAACCUUAUAAAGUGCAAUAUUAAAAGUUUUUGAGGGAUAUAGGGGUACCUGUUAUUAUUAUUAUUAUUAUUUCAGCCAGUAAUGGCAUCACUUGAUUUUAAGCUCAUGUACUUAAGUUAUCUAUCACUGGGCGUACAAGGAUUAAAGUGUUGAGAACCGGGCUGUUCCUGUAACGACUACCGGAAACGAAAGUGGCAGAAUGCGGAGAGUCUAACGACAACCAUAAUCACAUAGUUACCCUAUAUAAGGGACGCAUGAAAAAGGGCUGGUUCUUCCUAAAAGAUAUAAAACAUAUAACACCUUCGAGUGUUUGUAAUUUAUAGAGUCUGGCGUUACUCUCGUGUCAUUCUGCAACCCUAUAUGUUUGUGUAUACAAGUGGUCAGUCAAUGUUGAACUGUUAUGAAAAAAAAUGCAAGAACAUAUUGCCAUGGAAUAAACACUUUUAAUUUCAGCUUAUGAA